GGAAAAACGAGUGAAGUAGAUAUUGAAUUCCCGCCUGAAGUUAAUGUGUUUACAUUUAUUUUAGCAAUAUUAAACACAGUUGAUACUGUAAUAGCACGUUUUUACCGCGUCGCAGUGUCACUGAAGCAGGCCAUGUCCUCACCUCCAAGCACCUCUCCUGCCCUCUUCCUGGACUGCAAUGGAGAGCCAAUGCGAUUCUACAUACGACCAGGGCCUGCAAAAGUCCAGCUGCAUGAUGUCAUCACCAGCGGGGGUGGAUUCCUUUGCAGAACCAGGGAACCGGGUGCCAUCCUGUUGGCUGGACCACACGAGGAAACGAAAGCCUUGGACAACAGCGCACAGUUUUACGUGUCAACCCAGUACAUAUGGGACUGUGUGAAGGAGAACCAGCAGUUGGAUGAGAAGGAUUACAGGCUUACAGGUGGUACCACAGAGAAGAUCCAAACGAGAGCGUUGCGAUCUAGAGAAGGAGCAGUUGGUCGAAUGAGCUACACAGCCGCUGAGGACGAGGCCAUUUUGAAAUUCAUAUCGACACGUCUCAGUGAGGCACGGGGCAAUGCUGUUUGGCAGCUUAUGGCAAAGCAGAAGAUCACAUCCCACAGUUGGCAGUCCAUGAAAGACAGAUAUCUCAAGCACCUGCGGAACAGGCCAGCCAAGAGCAAAAUGGGGCAAUUAGAGUUUGUGUCACAGUCCACACCGACUAAAAAGCAGAAAGAUCUCCCACAGCAAGUGACGCUUGAACAAAACGCUAAAUCACCCGAGAAUGACGCCUCGGCUAGUGCCGCUGCUGACCAACAAGCGGCCUCAGGGGUGCCACCUGAUGCCUCCUCAAAAGAGAAAUCUCAUAACACUGAGGCAAAGAGCGGAGAUACAAGUACAGAUGUGGCAACAGAACAACAAAAUCCCCUGGAAUCCACUCACGCUGAGGCAAAUAAUGUAGAUACAAGUACAGAUGUGGCAACAGAACAACAAAAUCCCCUAGAAUCCACUCACGCUGAGGAAAAUAAUGUAGAUACAAGUACAGAUGUGGCAACAGAGCAGCAAACCCCUCCAGAAUCCACUCAUGCUGAGGCAAAUAAUGUAGAUACAAGUACAGAUGUGGCAACAGAACAACAAAACCCUCUGGAAUCGACUCGCACUGAGACAAAUAAUGUAGAUACAAGUACAGAUGUGGCAACAGAACAACCAACUCCCCUGGAAUCUACUCAGGGGGACACCGCAGCACUCUCUAAAGAUGGUCAAGCAGCAUCAUUUUCCAGAACAUCAACAACCGAAGAGGAAAGUGAUGAAAAUCAAAGGAUCAUCAGGGGCCAUGGAGAUGGUGUUCUUGCUGAAAUAACAGGUACCAGUCUGCAGACAUCAAAGGCUCCAACCAAGAGACGACUGGGAAUUCUUGCCCGUGCUGUGAGCGAGUUUCGCGAUUCACUUUGGAGUGAAAAUGAGAGCCAGCCUGAGACAGCUCCAUCUGAUGGCUCAGAUAGUGAGAGCGAGGUGUCUGGUGGGGUGCCGCGGAGAGACAGCACUGCCGGGCCUCCUCAACAGAAGAAAAGAAGAUAUUCGCGUCUUCGUCAGCAGGAGACUGGAACUGGUAAUGAGAAGGACACCGGUGUGAAAAAUAUGACUUCAUGUCACCAGUUCCUGUUUGACAGCGAGUCACAGCAGGUGGAUGAUCUCAGUGGUGCCUCAGGGAAAGAAGACGGCGCUGCUUCAAGUUCACAGUCCACGAAUGCUGAAGGAGAAAGACUAGUUUUUCAGUUAAUGAAACAUUCUGGGAAAAACCUGAUCGAGGUGAUAAAAGCACUGCUGAAGACAAGUGGUGACUUUGCGGCUGCCCGUCCACAUCUUUCUCAAGGGAGCUUUCCUGAGCCGCGGUGGACCAAGAGAGAGGAUCAACUCCUGUUGACUGCAGACCCAUCCUGUAAGUGUCAACUUGAGGAGAAAUAUGGAGCAGAGGCCGUGUCUGCCAGGAUAUCCUUUCUACGAUGACUUGAUGUAUUUAACUGGAUUACACUGCACUCUCGAUGAAAAGGUGCCAAACAUAACCAAAAACUGUGAUAGAUGAAAGAAAAAUGUCUACACAUAAAUCCUCAUAGUGUCAUUUGAAUUUGCCAAGCUUUCGGUCUGUUGACCUGUCCUAAAGGAACACAACAAGGAUUUAAGUGUACAGACAUUUGUCUUUCAUUGACAAUGAGUUGCUGAAAAUUGGGGCUCUUCUUGAUUUAUUUCUAUGAGUCACACAAUACAACUUUUUUUAAACUAUUAUUUUUUUUACAAUUAAUUUGUACAUUUUAAAUAAAUAUAUUAGGGUUUUAAUGUAGAGUGUUUUAUUUGGAAGCAUGUUUUUUUUGUUUUUGUUUAUUGUUGUUUACUCAUCCAUUGGCUCUAUCAGCAGUGUCAAACUGAAAUUGACUGAGGGUGAUAUUUCAUACAUUAUACAUGCUAUACAUUAAUGGUGUGUGUGUGUGAGCCUUACCUCGAUGCCUUUAUUAGUUAGCUGGCUCCUUUUGUUCUGUUCUGUUUCUCUCUGCUCCCUGCCUCUCUCUCUCUCUCUCUCUCUCUCUCUCUCUCUCUCUCUCUCUCUCUCUCUCUCUCUCUCUCUCUCUCUCUCUCUCUCUCUCUCUCUCUCUCUCUCUCUCUCUCUCUCUCUUAUUCUUCCAGUUGCAUUUUAUGUAUGGAGGUGGGUUGGCUGGGGCUGUUUUGUUCUUUGUGUGUAAAGCUAAAAUAUAGGAAGGACUAUGUUGUAUAACUUAUUGACGUAAAAUGCCCAUUUUUUAAUUAAUAAUAAUUAUUGAAGGAAAAGGAGUGUGUUUUGCCAACUGUAAUACACAUUUGAAAGGAUCUCGCGGGCCGAAUAAAAUGACUGCAGGCCAGAUUUGACCCCAUGGCCUGAGUUUGACAUGCCUGGGCUAUAGACCAUUUCAUGACCAUAAGUUUUAUUAGUUUAAGAGUUGUAUACUUGAUGUAUAUACCAGUACAUUGAUAGUGAUCAUCUGUGAUACAUUGUUAAACAUAGAAGAGAAAUUGUGAACGGAAAGCAAUAAGCUGUGACUUAAAAGACGA